UUAUAGCCACAUCCUGCAAGGAAAAACCCGACACACCACCCCGACCGCACGCUCAGCACCACGGGAAGGAUGCAGGUGGCCAGGGGGCCGCCCGGGGCGCCCGGCACAGCCCCCCAGCUCCUGCAGGUCCUUCUCCUGGGGCUGCAGCUAGCCGAGGGGGCCCGGCUGCACUGUGUCGGGGCCACUUACCCGGGGAACGGCAGGUGUUGCCAGGAAUGUGCGCCAGGCUUCGGCAUGAAGAAGCGCUGUGACGACAACCAGGACACACAGUGUCAGCCGUGCCAGUUCGGCUACUACAAUGAGGCCUUCAACUACCAGCCAUGCCAGCCCUGCACGCAGUGUUUCCACCGAAGCGGCAGCAGGAUGCAGCAGCAGUGCACGUCCACGCGCGACACCGUCUGCAGCUGCCAGCCAGGCAUGCAGCCCCGACACGGAUACAAGCUGGGAGCGGACUGUGUCCCCUGCCCCCCAGGACACUUCUCCCCCGGUCAUCACCAGGCCUGCAAGCCCUGGACCAACUGCUCCUUGGCAGGAAAGCCUACCCUUCGGCCAGCCAACAGCAGUGUGGACACCGUCUGUGACGAGAGAAAUGCCACAGCCACGCGCCCCACAGACACCCCCAGCCCCACAAGCACCCAGGGCUUGGCCUCCCAGAGUUCCUCCAGCCCCUCCAGAGAGCCUCCUGGGGGACUGUUCCCGGCAGGCCGUGCGCUGGCGCUGGGCCUGGGCCUGGGUCUCCUGGCCUCAGGGGCCCUGCUGGUCCUGCUCCUGCACUGCCGACUCUGGAGGCGGCUGCCCGGCACCCCCAGCGCCCGAGGUGGGAACAACUUCCGAACCCCUGUCCAGGAGGAGCACGCAGACGCCCACUCCAGCCUGGCCAAGAUCUGAGCCUGCGUUCCCUGGG